AGAAAAUACCGUUUCUUUUGUUUUAUGCCGUGAAUAGCGGCAGCGCGGCUUCUUCUUUCUUUCAUUCUUUGCAACACCGUCCAUAUUAUAUAAAACUAACAAAAAGAAGACGUUGAAGAACACGAUACCACCGCCACCACCUCUCUCAACCUUCGUCUUCACCUAUCCACCAUCCUCGUCCUGUAAAUUACUGUCAAAGAUAAACACCAUAUAGGAAGAAAAGCAAUCUUUUUUUUCUUUUUUUGAGGUGGGGGUGAUUGAAUUUCCAUGAUGGUUACAGAGAAUGGAUUGUGAGAAGCAAAACCUUGGCGGUGCGAUGAUGGGUAAGGUAACCAGGCUCUCAUGGUCGCCGCUUAUUCUUUUGAUCACCCUUAUAGUGCUUUUGUCCUUCCAAAUUACCACCAGAACCAUUUACCCGAUACGACUUAUGUCGGGAUUGUCCGAACCCGGUGUUUCCGGGGAUGUUGGGAGCUGUGUCGGCUUCCUCCGAGCGUUCCCCAGGAGAGAAGUUGUCAUGUCUAUCGAGGAUUUUGGUGGUGUUGGUGAUGGGAAAACGUCAAAUACUGACACGUUUCGGAAAGCGAUACGGUACAUGCAGCGUUUCGGAGAUAGAGGUGGGUCCCAGUUGAAUAUCCCUAAGGGGAGGUGGCUUACGGGGAGCAUUAACCUCACCAGUAAUUUCACCUUGUUUCUUGAAGAGGGUGCCGUUAUUCUAGGCUCUCAGGACCCAAAGGAAUGGCCUAUUGUAGAGCCUUUGCCUUCUUAUGGAAGAGGGAGGGAGAGACUAGGAGGAAGACAUAUUAGCCUUAUUCAUGGAAAUGGCCUUACCAAUGUUGUCAUUACAGGGCAAAAUGGGACAAUUGAUGGUCAGGGGAAGAUGUGGUGGGAGUUAUGGUGGAACAGAACAUUGAAGCACACCAGAGGACACCUUGUAGAACUAAUGAACUCUCAUAAUAUCCUCAUCUCCAAUCUCACUUUCCGAAAUUCUCCAUUUUGGACCAUACACCCUGUUUACUGCAGCAAUGUUGUGGUUAAAGACAUGACAAUUUUGGCUCCCCUGAAUGCCCCGAAUACUGAUGGUAUAGACCCAGACUCGAGCACCAAUGUUUGUAUUGAGGACUGUUACAUUGAGAGUGGGGAUGAUCUUGUAGCAGUGAAGAGCGGAUGGGAUCAGUAUGGCAUCAAAAUGGCUCAUCCAAGUUCAAACAUUGUAGUGAAGAGAGUUUCGGGCACAACUCCAACUUGCUCUGGUGUUGGAAUAGGUAGCGAGAUGUCUGGAGGGAUCUUUAAUGUAACAAUUGAAGAUUUGCAUGUCUGGGAUUCAGCAGCAGGGGUGAGAAUAAAAACUGAUAUAGGCAGAGGAGGAUAUAUAGCAAAUAUUACUAUAAGUAAUAUAACAAUGGAGAGAGUCAAGAUUCCCAUUAGGUUCAGCAGAGGCUCCAAUGAUCACCCUGAUGAAGGUUGGGAUCCAAACGCAAUGCCAAUUGUGAAAGGUGUUUCUAUAAGUAAUGUGGUGAGUUUGAAUUCAACAAAAGCCCCAGUUUUGCAGGGAAUCAAGGAUGCACCAUUUGAUGGGAUAUGCAUGAAGAAUGUUACACUAAUUGGUCUGGCAUCAUCUGCAUUAUGGCAUUGUGAAUUUGUCUCAGGAUUUGCCAAAGAGGUCUUCCCAAUGCCUUGUCCCCAGUUGCAGAAUAAUGUCAAUACAUCUUGGUGUUCACACUCUUAAGCUUCAAUGGUCAAUGUGGAAAGUAUUUUAGAGUUUGGGUUGAACUUGGAGGGUCUCUCCAAUUUCUUUUGGCAGAUGGUCCGCAACUCUGCAAUGAUCAAAUUAGAGUUGAAGAACCAUGUUACAGGUCUUGUUGAAUUGGAUUGACCUGAAGGAUCAUAUUACAGGGGUCUGCAUAGAGCAGUUUGGGAGUUGAAUAAUUCUUUGCUUUGGCAUGAUUCUAGCUGCUGUAUCAAGGAGUUCUCAGAAUGCUACUGGUAUAAGUGCCAGACUACAAAUUGAAGGCUGACUGACUUGAGCAGUUUUGACUCGCCUGAAUGAUUUACAGAUUUGCUUGGAGGUUUCAUUCUUAUACAAUACUUGGCUUUUUAAAAUUUCUGUGAUUAGUCGCUCACUGGCUGCACAUAAAAAUACCAGGAUAUACAAAUGUAACUUCUUUUUUUGGUUUUGGAAAAUGCAUUAUUUUGUUCAGUGAUUUUUGGUCCUCAUCAUCUCUUCCUUGCAUCUCCUUCUUGGCCUUGUUUUUGUAGCCAAAGAAGGCUGAUGCCUUCAACAGUGUCUUAUGAGCUAUUGUUGCUCAUUAAUCUGACGGAACUAAUUUUCUUUGCUAUCCUGAGAGAUGCAUACAGAAUUUUCGAAGUUAUGUCUUCAGAGUAAUUCUGGUUUCUGUAUUUCAUUAUCUGGAUUUUAUAAUUAGAGUGAAAACGAAGCAUUGGUCUCUUAGGAUA